AUGGAGAUCGAGCUCGCUUAUGGUGAAUCUCGCGGAUACUGGAAACAUUAUUCACCCGGGAAGUGGUUCAAACAAGCGAAAGCCGUUGGCAAGAUCAACAACGUAAAAGCUACUCUGUUAUUUGAUUCUGGUGCUGAAGUGUCGAUCAUUGACACCACCUUUGCUCGUGAGGUCGGUUGCAAUAUUGAAGAAAGUCAACGACAAGAAUGUAUCGGGAUUGGAGAAACUCCGUACAUGACGGUAGGACGUACCAAGAUCAAGGUGACCCUCGCGGGAUCGCUGGUAUACUAUUUCAAUGUAUGGGUAGGCGAUCUGGCAGGGCAAGAAGCGAUUCUGGGUAUGGAUUUUAUGGUGCCUGCUGGAGUGCGGCUCGAUCUAGCGGAUGGCGCGCUAUGUCUACCAGAAGAAAUUCGCAUUCAUCUCGCAGGACGUCGCCCCGCGUACGGAUCGAAGAUACAACAUAUAACGGCGAAGGACCAACACGUGGUGAUCCCGGUCGGAGAGUCAAGGGAAGUGAAUAUCGGGAUCGGAGGGGCUAAGAUGAAGUUGUGGAUGACCAACAUUGGCGACCGUGAGAUCAUACUGCCCACCCACACUAUAUUAGGCAUGUGGGUCGAAGGCGAUAUGGUACCGCGAACUCAAGGUUUGGUGACAGUCGGGUCAGGGAAGUACAAGGAAUGGCAAACUCUGGCAUAUGAGGCUACGACGGAUCGAGUGAACGAACUCCCGAAAGAACAGAUCGGACCGUUGGUAGACCGUCCUACGUAUGCCGCUCCCAAACGCAUCUUGAAACGUCCGUCUGAUGCGUCACAGAACCUGUCUCCGGCGAUAUCCACGGUAACGCCGCAAGCUAACGAUGACGAUUCGCAAAAGGCAGAUGCUGUAGCUGCGAGGGAAGUAACGGUCAGAGGAGCCGAACUAUCGUGGAUGGAGAACGGUCAUGAGAUCGGUACCCAACAUGCAACGAAGGGAGACCGCGACACCGGUCAAGAAGGGCUACGUGACAGAUCGUCUCUACCGAAGGCUGAGCCGACUGACCGACUGUUGAAAUUGGGCCAGCCGGAAGAGACGAAGGAGCCUAAAGAAGAAAUAAUGCUAAAUACUGAAGACGUCGAGAUUGCAGAAAUACCAGUUUAUCACCACGAGAGCGGAGAUUUGUUUGCGGAAGAUAUCGAGCAGCAUAUGGCCGUGCUACCAGAGAUGUCGGCGACUACGGAAGAAGUUACGAUUGAGGACAUUCAGAUCGGUGAUCCCGAUGUGCCUCUCACCACAGAUCAACAACGGCUCAGAUCGCUGAUCUGGAAGAGCCGUCACCUCCUCAUGGGCAAAGGUAAUGCUCUACCACCAGCACAGAGGCGCGAUCUGUGA